UUGGCACUUCGCAGUUUGCACUUUGCACCCCCACCAAAUCUGAAUUCCCUGCACCCACCUAUAUAUAAGCCUGUCUACACGAUACAGCGUUGCAUAACUCCAAAGCCACGGAACGGAAGUCUUCCUCUCUGCUCUACUUCGCUUCUCCUCCUCUUUUCUGCUGCUCUCGUGUGCGUGUGCGCAAGAAAGGCGAGAGAUAGCGGAUUUGAAACCGAGGGAGGAUUAGAUGGGGCAGAGGUACAGGUUCUUCUGCUGUGGGUGCGGGGCCAAUGCCGCGGCUGAUGACGACCGGGAGGCCGACGAGGAGGGCGGCGCCGGGGUGCCUGACGGGGGUAAAGGCGGCGACGGUGUGGUGGCGGCGCGGCAGCUGUCGUGGGCGCAGGUGGAGAGGAUGACGGGCGGGUUCACCUCGGCCGUGGUCGGCGAGGGCGGGUUCAGCACCGUGUACCUCGCUCGCCUCUCCGGCGCCCUCGCCGCCGCCAAGGUCCACCGCAGCAGCGAGCGCCUCCACCGCGUGUUCCGCCAGGAGCUCGAGACCCUCCUCCGCGUCCGCCACCCCCACGUCGUCCGCCUCCUCGCCUUCUGCGAGCAGCAAGAUGAGGGCGUGCUGGUGCUGGAGUUCGCGGCGAACGGGAACCUGCACGAGAAGCUCCACGGCGGGGGCAAGGCCGCGGGCACGAUGCCGUGGGCGCGGCGGGUGUCCGUGGCGCUGCAGGUGGCGCAGGCGCUGGAGUACCUCCACGACCGGUGCGAGCCGCAGGUGGUGCACGGCGACGUCAAGGCGUCGAACGUGCUCCUGGACUCCGCCAUGUCCGCCAAGCUCUGCGACUUCGGGUCGGCGCGGAUGGGGUUCUCCGCCGCCGUCCGCCCGCGGGCGCACCAAACUAUGCUCGGCUCCCCGGGGUACGUCGACCCGCACUACAUCCGCUCGGGCGUCGUCACAAAGAAGACCGACGUGUACAGCUUCGGCGUCCUGCUCCUGGAGCUCCUCACCGGCAUGGAGGCCUUCUGCCCCGUGGAAGGCCGCCUCCUCACCGCCGUCCUCGCGCCGCGGCUCAAGCCUGCCGGGGGCGUCCCCUGCGACGCGCGGGCGCUCGUCGACGAGAGGCUCGGGAGCGCCUACGACGCCGCCGAGGCAUCCGCGGUGGCGGCGCUGGCCGCGUCCUGUGUCGGCCAGAACCCCAGCCUCCGCCCGUCCAUGGCCGACGUGGUGCGCACCCUGGAGCAGAGCGCGCAGGGAUCCAUCUUGUCCGUCGGGAAGGGAUCGGACGGCAUCGGGAAGCUGUGAUGCGCGAGCAGGUCCACGCAUCGUAGAUCCGGCUUGCCUGGCCAGUUGUUGCUUACCUGUGAUGAUGCUGUCAUAUGAACACGUGGAGCCUCGCUAUUGGGCGAACAAAGCAGUAGUGGGCGAGAGCGUAUCGAAGGAAUCGAAGAGAGGAAAAAAAAAGUGGGGGGAUGGGACUGAUUUCGAAAAAGGUUUGGAAGAGGGGGAAAAAGGUAGGGUUUGUGUGAGCUCAUGGGGAAUUUCGAUGACAUUAUGCCAAAGUGGCAAUGAUUCGGUAGAGAUUAAAAAAAACUAAAAAUUGGGGUCGUCCAUUUUACGAUUCUACAGAUUUUGGUGAUGGUUUCCUUGUUAUGUAAAGGGAGGUACAUUGAGUGUUGAUGCUGCUGUUCAAAUUUGUUUAGUUUGUGCUUAGAACAAGCUAGACUUCUACUUGUGAUGGAUUUGAUUUUGAGGUCAUGGUCUGUAGAAACCGUGUACAUAUUCGCAUCAUUUCUCAUGCCGCAUUUCUUUUCGAAGACUAAUACAGCAGCUUCUGCUC